CGAAAUGUCAUAGAACAGUCACAUAUUUGUCUGUAAUUUUUUGUAUGUAUUAUGUUACACCAGUUUUCCCCGUUUAUAUUGAAAAAAAUUAUUCCAUAGAACACCGUGGGAAAAAGAUGAGCACAUCAGCUUUAGACAAGCGGUGCGGUACUAGCUCAGCCCACGAUGAUGAUGAUGAUAGUUCUGAUGACGAGUUCGUACCCGCGUACAGUGACAGGAAGAGGGGGAGUCGUUUAACAUCUCUCAGGCGACGCAUGGCGAUGACGCUGAGGCCUUCCAAUCACGAGUUUCCUAAACCUGGAUACCCGACGUUAGACCCAAGUUACUCUCGGGACGAGGCGCACGAUGGAUAUCGAUUGCCUAGUUCGAAAAGGAAACUCAGAAGCCACAAAGAUGUAAGCGACAAUUGGAAUAAACGGAGGAAAUUGGCGUAUAAUCUACGUAGUUUGAAGAAACAACUAAAGAGGAGGAGCGUGGAGGAAGUAGACGAUGAUGAAGAGGAGGAACAAAUUCACAUUUUGUCGGAUGAUGAUUCUGAACAAAGUAAUCAAUCUGAACGCUCAAUUGUCACAAUACAAAAUCAUAAUUAUUCCUUAUUGUCUGAAGCGAAAAAAAAGGAUUCCUUGAAUGACUCAGUUAUUAGCAUACUGCCUAUUUCUCCUGUACUACAAGACAAUAAAAUCAAAUUUAGCAGUAUUGGAGGUCUCGAACCCCACAUAAGGUGUCUUAAAGAGAUGAUAAUGAUGCCGAUGAUGUAUCCGGAAGUGUUUAGCCAGUUCCAAAUACACCCGCCUAAAGGAGUGUUGUUUCACGGGCCACCAGGAACUGGUAAAACUUUAAUAGCUAGAGCAUUGGUAAACGAAUGUAACACCGGCAAGAAAAAGGUGACGUUUUUUGAACGAAAGGGCGCCGAUUUGCUUAGCAAAUGGGUAGGCGAAUCCGAAAAACAGCUCACAAUGCUGUUCAAACAGGCAUCUGAAAUGAAACCGUCGAUAAUAUUCUUUGAUGAACUGGAUGGGUUAGCACCAGUGAGAUCAUUUAGAGCAGAUUCCCAUCACUUCACCAUAGUAUCGACUCUGCUAGCUUUGAUGGAUGGAUUGGAAAAUAGAGGUGAUAUCAUAAUUAUAGGUGCCACAAAUCGAAUUGAUGCCAUCGAUAGUGCACUACGUCGUCCUGGUAGAUUCGACAGGGAGUUAGUGUUUUCGUUACCUUCUAGAAAUCAAAGGGAAGAAAUUCUUAAGGUGCACGUCUCAAAAUGGAAGUCCGCUCCAAGUGACGAGAUGAUUUCUUAUUUAGCAAGACACUCCGUUGGAUACUCGGGUGCAGACCUGAGGGCACUUUGUGCCGAGGCAGUUAUCAAUAGCUUCCGCCGUACUUAUCCACAGGUUUAUGAAUCUGAUCACAGGGUGACCUUAAAUCCCGAAACUGUAACGGUUGAAAAAAUUGAUUUCCUUCAGGCUAAAUCUAUUUUGGUGCCUGCGGCUCACCGUCAGAUGCAAGGGGUCGCCAAGCGAUUGAUGAGUGUGUUAAAACCUUUACUGAGUAGGCCAAUAAGACAUUGUUUAGAAUUAAUUGAAAAUUCAUUUCCACAUGGGACGAAUCCCGCUUUAGCUAGCGUGAGGCAGACUAAAAGCAUGCGUCUUGCCCAGUUGCUCAUAACUGGAGAAGGUUCGGACCACGGUCAAACAAAUCAUCUAGUACCGGCUUUAUUACACGAAAUGGAGCACAUUAAGUCAUACAUUUUAGAUUGUUCUAUUUUGUAUGAAGAUAGUAGGAGGUCUCCCGAAGAAGUGUGUAUUCACAUUUUUAACGAUGCCAGACGGAACGCGCCUGCAAUUAUCUACAUUCCUAAAAUCAGUAAAUGGUGGGAACUGGUACCCGAUACUGUAAAAUGCUUAAUACAAUCACAACUAACAAAUAUGGAAACAAGUAUGCCCAUAUUCUUUCUUGCAACAGCAGAUUGUCCUUAUAAACAACUGUCACAAGACGUCCAAGGAAUAUUCUCGGUGUAUCGAAAAGAGGUGUACGAAUUGAAGCCACCUAACAUAAAAGAGAAAGUCGAAUUUUUCAAACAGGUGGUGAUGGAUGAGGCUAAAAGACCUCCGCAUAUAAUUCAAUCUUCAAAGACUUCACUACUGCAUCGUCAAGGAGCCUCUACAUCUAGACCGGCAACACAUACUGAGGGGCAAGUGGACAAAAUGUUCGAAUCGGAAGAAGAGGCAAUACGCGAGCUCCGCAUAGGUCUCAGAUCUGUUUGUAAAAAGCUGAUGAGUAACAAACACUUUUGUAUGUUCAAAAAGCAGGCCGAGGGUGCUGAUGGGAACAUGACUUUGAAUAUAAUUAUGCACAAGAUAGACUACCAUUUGUACCAGUGUUCGAAAGAAUUUUUGGACGAUAUCGAUAAACUCGUCCAGCAUGCAGUAAAUUGCAACAAUGUCUGUGACACUGAAAAACUAAUCAAACAUCGCGCUGCUGAGUUGAAGGCUUACGCGUACUCGCUGAUAAAAAGCGAGAUUUCUGAAGAACUUGAGGAAAGAUGCCGAGAAGUGGCUAGGUUGAGGAAAGAAAGGAGUCGUUUGAAGGUAGUACCCAACUGUUCUUGUCAUCUCAACAAAAACGAAAACGAGAAGUGUGAAAGACGUAAACUAAGGUACAACCGGCGUCUACGUAAGCCCCCGCAAAACGAAGCUGUUAGUGAAAGAAGCUCCUCGGGAAGGGUCCAAACGUGCUCAACGAAAAUGACUCCAUGUCUUUUUAAGAACGACACACGAGCUGUUUCAUUGGAUUCGUCAGACUGUGUGGAGGAAUCUGUGGACAUCGAAAAUUUGGAACAAGCACCGGAGGAAGUAAUUGAUGUAGGUGAGCCGGAGAAGACCGUCGAAUGCUCUGAAGAACUAUUGCAAGAUUUGUUGAAUGAAAUAAUCGCAUCGACCGAGCAUUACCCGCUUAUGGCCCUUUUGGAUUUGUUCAACCAUCUACGGAGAAUCGUUAAGAAAUAUUCUGCGAGUUAUGCGAGAAACGAUUUACCAGCUGAAAUGGGUGACGAAUUACGGCGGUUCAAGAGAGAGUUUAAGGUUACAAAUCAAUAGAAUUUGUUAUUUUGGUUAAAAGUUUCUGUUGUAUUAAAUUAAUUGUUUCAA